CCUCGAGAGUCAGCUGACUGGGCUUCAAGGAACUGCGGCGCGCGCCUUGCCCUCGAGCCACACCUGGCCUCAGAGCCCCAUUGAUUGGGAGACAUGGCCGAGAGCGAGGGGGUCGUGGUGGGAAAUGGAACGCAAGUGUCUUACAUUGGUCAAGACUGCAAGAAAAUUCCAGAAUUUCUUGGCAGAAAAUAUGGAAACAUUGCAAAAAGGCUGGAUCUUAGCUUCAAUUUACUAAAGUCACUGGAAGGACUGGAGACAUUUAGCGGCUUGGAAGAACUCAUCUUGGACAACAAUCUCCUCGGGAAUGACCUCCAGUUGCCCAGGUUACCACACCUCCAUACCCUGACGCUGAACAAGAACCAAAUAACAGAAUUGGAGAGCCUGCUGGAUCAUUUAUCUGAAGUAGUUCCUGCCUUGGAGUAUCUGAGUUUGCUGGGAAAUACAGCAUGCCCAAAUGAAUUGGUCUGCAAAGACAAGGAUGAGGGAGACUACCAAAGGUACAGGUAUUUUGUUCUGCACAAAUUAGCCAACCUGAAGUUUUUGGAUUCUCGGAAAGUAAGCAAAACUGAACGCGAGGAAGCCAUUGUGAGAGGUGCUUUUAUGAAGAUAGUGAAGCCCAUGGAUACCAAGGUCUCAACUGAUGGUGCCUCGAUUUCUCCUCAGAUGAACUAUACACCAUUGCCAUCUGGAUCAAGGGACCUCACCAACCACAGGGGUGUUUUAGGGAAAUGCCGGUAUGUCUAUUAUGGGAAGCAUUCGGAAGGCAACCGGUUUAUACGGGAUGACCAGCUCUGAGGGAGACUGCCUCUGCAAAAUGCUUUACACAGGGACACACACACAGCUUCCACCUCUUUAAAAGGAAAAGAAAAAAGGAUGCAUCAACCAAAGUCCUCCAGUUCCUUCUGCUGACUUUGCCAGACCUGUCAAAACCAUCCUUCUGCUUUAGCCUGAGUAGUCACAUAGAGAUUGACAUGAUUGCCUCUAAGCAGGUCCCAUCCACCAGUGUGACAGACAGCUGCAGCAAAGCACCAGGCCUGACAGGAAGAACACCAUGAUGGAUUGCCCGGCCCAACUGCUGCUCGCCGGAGAGCAAAGGUCACACCUGGGGCCCCACUGAGCAUGCUCAGCUGCUUUUCAGAGAAGCCCCCAUCUUUAUCUGCAGCUUGCCUGUUGAGCGAGAAAACUAUCUUUAUCGAAAAUGGCUGCAGUCUGAGAAUUUCAGAGAGCACCAGCUCCUUAUCUGUCUCUAUUGUCCUCAGGUAUCUAAUGCUAACACACAAAGUAGAUGUAUCACAUGUAGAACAGCACAGUUCACUUGUUUUUAUGUGGGAAACUAAUAAAAGCAUCUGAAAUGUCAUUUAACUGCAAAUGCUGGGGAAAAUGGGUCUUCCUUGACAAAAUUCAGGCAUGUUUGUAUUUUUUCGUAACUUAGCAGCCAAGAUAGAAAAAUAAUUGCGGUAGUAGUUGUUGUGUGAUCAUUUGUAUUUGGGAGUAUAGGAACAAUAACUGCAAAAGACGGACAGCAGAUAGGGAUAUCGGAGAGUUGUCAUGAAAAAAUUAAUUUGGGGGAAAGAGAUUAAUUGCACUCCCUAUGAGAGAGCACACACAUUUGUUUCUACUUCGUAAGUGACAUUUGUUACUAUGUAUUCAUCAAUAUCCAAAUAAAGCAAAUCCUGUCCCUUG